CUGUGUCAAAACCAGUUGCCGGUGAGCACAGCAGGCAGCAGCAUCAGACGCCAACCGCCAGCAGCAGCAGCAGCAGAUUGGGGCGCCGCGUGCACCGUCCACAGAGUCUGGAGAAAGCUGCUUGUUCGUUCUUUGGAAACGAAAUUACACACCGUGGCGAGUGUUGGUGUUGCUUCUGACGAUCUACGUCUGAUGUGUUACGUCUGACGCGCGCUACGUCCCGCUGACCGUUUGUUUGUGACGUAGUGUCAUGUGGCCAGCGCGGCCCAGCGUUUGCUGGACAGGAUGGUUGUGGGCGUCCUUGCUCUUGCUGGUCCCUCGGUCAGCCUCCUCCUCCAAGUCAUUCAUCAUGGAGGACCGGUGCGAUCACCUGAUUGACCUGCAGGACCUCGGCCUUCCCGUGAUGCACGUGCGGCUGACGGACCGGUACCUGUACAGACCGCGAAAAUGAAGUGCGAGAUGGCAGUGCGCGCACCCCCGGGGCAGCAGCUGAUCGUGACCUUUGAGAGCCUGGACAUCGCCCCCGGGUACUCCGGGUGUGCCGACUUCCUGUCGCUGAUUGACGGCGACUUACAAGAACAAACGCCCGUGCCAGGAGUUGCCAAGAAGCUGUGUGGCACCGAGGCACCAGCCCCCGUCAUCACCUCGGGGCGGGCGGUGACGCUCAGGUUCGACAGCAACACGAUUGAGGAGGGUCAAGGGUUCACGGCAGUCAUUACGCCCUUCCAUCAAGGGGAGUGCACUCGGGACGAGUACAGGUGUGACAACGAUCGGUGCAUCGACCGACGGCUGAUGUGUGACGACCACGACAAUUGCGGCGAUGGCUCCGACAAGUGUUGGCUGAGCGUCACAGCUGUCGUCGUCAUCGUCAUCAUCACAAUCAUCGUCUUUGCCAUCCUUGUCCUCGUCGCCGUCAUCUAUCUCUACAAGGACACCCUGAAGAAAACGCUCUGAGGAAAAAGAAGCCAGUUGUACCCACCAACCCAGACGGAGUGUACCAACCAACCACAGAACCUGUUUCUUCUGAGCCAGAUGACGGAUUCACACCUGUAGAGGUAUAAUGAGAGUGCUGGAGUGAUGCAAAACAUCUAGUCUUGUCCAUGACUUGAUACUAACGACUAGAAGUCGCUGCCAUUUGAGACGAUUGUGAUCCAGUUCAUGACAGUUGGUCUCGCCUUGUCCAGUCAAAUAUAAAGUAUAAUUACUUGUAUUUGUCUUCUAAUGGUAAAGUCUGAAGAUUAUUAAAGUGUUAUCACUCAAUCAUAACCCAAUACAUGCAGUCACAGAUGUUACCAAAAACCAUUCUGCAGACGAUCCUAUCAGCAGCCAACCAACCAACCAACAACCAACC